GCCGCCGCAUACCAUACUGGGCGGGACUCUCUCGCGUCCGCGCGUCCGCAUAUUAUCGACUCCUCAAGGCCUCAGCAGCAGCAGCAUCAAUAGCCAUCCGUGCGUGCGUGCGUGCCGUCCCCGCCGACCCAAUUCUGUCCUGUGCUGUGCCGUGCUGUUGCGGCGGCGAGGUUGAUGGGCCUGGCCUUGGCCGCAUGCGCACGCGCACACUCUCGAGUCUGCAGACGCAGUAACACGCUGAAGACAGCCAGCAAUGGCCAAUUACCCGCGCGACUAUGGCCAGCAGCAGAACGUCAACCGCGAUGCCGCCUACUCUAGCAUCUUCGGCGCGGCACCUCCAGGCCAGGGUCGCAGCCAGACCAUGACCAGCACCAGCACCGCUCCACCGCCCGCUGGCCAGUAUAUGCAACGCGCUCCUCCCGUCCGGCCUGGAGUGCAGCAGCCGAAUGGGCAUGCGCAAGGGCAAGAGCCGUAUAUGGACGGACAGCCUUCACAGCAACGACGCCCGCCUCACUAUCUCCCACAGCCAAUCCGCCCCGACCGCGUGCCAUAUGGCCAACCACAGCGUCUCGAUACCCGAGGGCCGCCUCCGCCAGGCCAUUACCAGCGCUCAUUCACGCAACGACCCUACGCCGGUCCGCCCGGCCCUGCGCUCAACAGUGACGCCUACCGCACUCAGUCGUUAGCCUCGGUCCCCCGUCCGCACUAUCAAUCUCCGGGCAACAACUACACCAUCUCUCCCGCGCACGCUUUUCGACAGCAGCCCUACAUGAAUCAAAGCUUGGCGAGGACAACAGCUCAAGGAAGGGUGGUGCCGGAUCGGCCGCAAGAUGAGCGCACCAUGUCCAUGUCUUCGUAUACAAGAGAUCACGACUUCUCGCAGACCAUGAGUGGCAGAGUGAUUCCGAACCGGAGACGAGAAUCUGGUGAGACCGAUACCACCAUGAGCAAUGGCUUCCACCCUGAUCGCACAUCCAAUGGCUAUACUGGGCAAGGUAGACACCCGAGUAGUGGCAGCUUUACCACUCCGGCCUCCCGCACCAUGUCUAUGGCUUCUACUGUGGUGUCGCCCUCCGAAGGCGGCCAAAGACCGUCGGUGGGAAGUGUGCAAGGUCCUGCGCGAACAGAUAGCUCACGCACUGGUACUAUGGUGGCACAGAAGCGACCUUCGCUUGUGUACGGUGCAUUGCUGUCAAAUGUUGCGUCGGCUUUUAGAGAACGGAUUGCUUUGCAGGAGAAGGAGAAAGACGGUCUGAUGUACAAGAAUGCUUUCAGUGGCUACGAGGCAGUGGAGCUCAUUGCCUACAUCAUCCGCACCUCGGACCGAAACCUAGCACUUCUGCUUGGACGCUCUCUCGAUGCACAGAAAUUCUUCCACGAGGUGGCCUACGCCCACAGAUUGCGAGACUCUCCCAAUGAGAUAUAUCAAUUCAAGGAGAGCAUCAACGAGGAGCCCCCGGAAGUCAAUGGUGUCUUCACACUCUUGACAGAGUGCUAUUCUCCGACCUGUAAUAGGGACAAUUUGUGCUAUUCGAUCGCGUGUCCGCGACGACUUGAACAGCAGCAGAGAUUGAACAUGAAGGUCUCGCCUGGUCUCAAGAGACAGACUUCGCAGUCGAGCUUGCACGAUGAAGCCGAUAGCGAGCAAAAGCUCUGGAUCAACACUGUAUCCAAGGAAAUCUCUGACAGCGUCAGCGACAAGGAGAAGAAGAGGCAAGAAGUCAUCUCCGAGAUUAUGUACACGGAACGUGAUUUCGUAAAGGACCUCGAGUAUCUGCGGGACUUCUGGAUCAAACCACUUCGUAUGCCAGAGAUCUCGCCGAUUCCUGAGCAUCGUCGCGAAAAAUUUAUCCGGACCGUCUUCUCGAAUUGCCAAGAAGUCCACAGUGUGAACGCUCGAAUGGCUCAAGCUUUGACACGACGACAGCAGCAAAACCCGGUGGUGCGGAAUGUCGGCGAUAUCUUCCUGGAAUAUGUGCCUCAGUUUCACCCAUUUAUCCGCUAUGGUGCAAAUCAGCUGUUUGGUAAAUUUGAGUUCGAGAAGGAGAAGGGCUCGAAUCCUGCUUUUGCACGGUUCACUGAAGAGACUGAAAGACUGAAGGAAUCGCGAAAGCUGGAACUGAAUGGUUAUCUGACCAAGCCCACCACACGUCUCGCAAGAUACCCAUUGCUCCUAGAAAACGUCCUCAAAAACACCGACGAGAAUAAUCCUGAUAUUAAAGACAUACCCAAGGCCAUCGAGCAAAUCAAGCAAUUCCUAAGCAGGGUCAACGAGGAGUCUGGAAAGUCUGAGAACCACUUCAACCUGAUGAACCUGAACUCCCAGCUGAAAUGGGGAACAAUUCCGCACAUGGAUUUGAAGUUGACCGAGGAGUCCAGACAGCUCAUCUUCAAGAGUAAUUUGAAGAAGAACCUGACUGCGGAACAAGCUGAUGUCACAGCUUACCUCUUCGAUCAUGCUGUACUGAUCGUGCGCGUGAAGACGGUCAACAAGAAAGAAGAAAUUCGAGUUUACCGCAAGCCAAUCCCGCUGGAAUUGCUCCAGAUCAAGGAAAUGGAUCACGUUCUCCCUAGGAUGGGGAUCGCGAAACGACCUUCGUCCAGUAUGAUUCCAGGUGUCGGACGUGCAGCUGCGAGAGCACCAGCAAACGAACAAGGCUACCCCAUCACCUUCAAGGGUCUCGGCAAGGGCGGGUACGAGCUCACGCUAUACUGUACGUCCCAGGUGCAACGAGAGAAGUGGAUGGAACAUAUCAUGAAUCAGAAAGAGAAACUGUCCGAGCGACACAAGAUCUUCACCAUGGCCAAGUUGACGGAGGGCUACUUUAAUGCGACUGUCCGAGUCAACUGCUGCCGCCCGAUCGAUGGUGGUCGAAAACUGGUUAUUGGCACGGAUUUUGGGGUGUACGUCUGUGAUAGGAAGCCGAAGGACGCUUCUGUGAAGCCAAAGCGAGUGCUGGAUCAGAAGAUGGUGACACAGCUGGAAGUGCUGGAACAGCAUCAGAUCCUGGUUGUUCUCGCCGACAAAGCUGUGUGCACUUAUCCUCUGGAAGCAUUGGAAGACGAAAGCCCUGGCGCGCCGUCGAAACGUGGUCGCAAGAUCUGCCACGCCAACUACAUCAACGCGGGCAUGUGUAAUGGACAGACGCUGGUGUGCUGUGUCAAAUCCACAUCGCUUUCAUCCACUGUGAAGGUUUACGAACCGAUGGACUCGAUGACUAAGGGUAAAAAGAAGUCCGGGUUCGCAAAGAUGCUGGCCAGCGGGCAAGAGGUCCUCAAGCCGUACAAGGAAUUCUACAUUCCCAUGGAAAGCAACAGCAUCCAUUUCCUCCGCAGCAAGCUGUGCGUGGGCGGCGCGAAAGGCUUCGAAAUCGUGUCGCUCGAGACUCUCGAAACGCAAUCGCUCCUCGACCAAGCAGAUACAUCGCUCGACUUCGUUGCCAGAAAGGAGAACGUCAAGCCUAUCUAUAUCGAACGCAACACUUCAGAGUUCCUGCUCUGCUACAACGACUUCUCGUUCUAUGUCAACAAGAACGGAUGGCGAGCACGUGGCGACUGGAAGAUCCUUUGGGAAGGCAGUCCGAAUGCAUUUGCGACGUGGGGUGAGAAGUACAUCCUUGCGUUUGAGCCGGAGUUCAUCGAGAUCCGGCAGAGCGAUACAGGUGGGCUUGUGUGCAUCCAGACGCAUAAGAACAUUCGAUUCCUGCAUCAGAGUACGAGAGAGAUCCUGUUUGCAUACGAAGACGAGGUCGGAGACGAUGUCAUCGCAUCGCUGGACUUCUGGGGUCGGCCGGCAUCUCCUCAGGCCCAGAUCAAGUGAGCGGGACGUGAUGAAUACCAGAUGGAAGGAUUCGAGAAGGCAAAAGCAAGAUUGGCAAAGUAGCCAGACCGCGCGUCCGAGCUCGAGGCCGGUAUCGCGCAUCAGCAUGCGGCAAUUCAAACGAGAGAUGGUGACAAUCAAAUUCUACUCGGGCAAAGAGCGAGGCGAUGCGAGGGAGGAAGAAUAGGGCCAAAGGCGAGAGCGCAGCACGUUGUCACUUCUUACAACUGUAUUAAAAUAGCAUUCUGCGAGAGACAAGGGAGAAGAUGGAGAAGAAGAAGAAGAGAGCUGAUGCCUUUGCCAUUUCACGCGCCGCGGACGAGUGGGAUGGGAAGGCGAGAUGAGAUGAGCUGGUUGUUCUCUGGACGAGGAGAAAGAGAGUUGUAUAUAUUAUGUAUCUGGAAAGGUUGGGUAGUAGUAGAUGAGACAAGAAUGAGCGACACGGGUUUGUCAGCUGUUUGUCGCGGAGUGAAAUAAUGCAUGGAACGCAAUCAAAUGGAAGCAAGAUAUGGCAUGAUACCAGAGACGUCAAGCUU